AUGGAAAGUUCCUUUAGACAAUGCAAAGUUUGUGAAACAAAAGAAAAUGUUUGUUUUCAUUAUGGAGUUAUUUCAUGUAGGGCUUGUGGGGCUUUUUUCAGGCGUUAUCUUGAAAACGAAAAAAAGAGUAAAUAUAUUAAAUGUAAAUGUUUGCAUAAACAAUUGUUGUUAGAAACGAGUAAAAUUGAAAGAACUUGGGAAAAAUGUAAAAGUUGUAGACUUGAAAAAUGUUUUUCUGUUGGAAUGAAAAAAUUGGAUAUUGGAUAUUUACGUAAGGAUGUAUGCCGGGAAGCAAUGGACGAACAAAGAAAUGAAAUUAACCUUCCAAAUCAUCCAGUUGUGGACACAACCAUCAAAGAUCUACAACAGAUAAACUCAACUUUACCCAUCAUUGAAGCUAAAAAACGUAUUAUGCAUGCAUUUAAUGAUUUGGAUGAUAUAUUCCUUAAAGGCCCGAUUUUGUUUGAAGAAAUAAUUUCAUCUAAUUUUAAUAUUUUUCGUUUAACUGGGACUUUUUCGCCAAAUACAUCUCCAAUACCUUUUGAUGAAUUAAAAAGUUGGAAAGCUUUUUUAGAAAAUAAUGGAAUGCUUAAUAAACGCUGGCACAAAAAUUUUUUAGUUGACAGACUUUUGUGUGUUGGUAUAGCUAGAUCUUUGCCUGUUUUUGAAAAAUUGACUUUAUCUGAUCAGAUUGCACAUCUAAGGCAGAUUUGCCAUUUGUUUAUUUCAUUUACAAACACCUACCUAGCUUGGGAAUUAGGCUUUGAAACUUGGGCACGUAAAGAUUGUGUUGGGCCUGCUUUUGCUAUUAUGAAUAAUGAUGUAUUUUUACAUGAUGAAAAGAUGCUCAAAUGGGCAGAUUAUUCAUUUACAAAAUCUGUCGUUCACUUCAAACGUGCUACAUUAACAAGCGUUGAAUUUGCUUUGUUAAUAGCUAUUAUUUUUACAAAAUCGGAUGCUGAGGGCUUGUCUGUCGAAGGAAAAGAAUUACUUUAUAACAAAUCUGUUAAAUACACAAAUAUUUUACUUCGAUAUAAUCAACAAAGAUUAGGUUCAAUUGAAGGGGCUCAGCGAUUGGAUGAAUGUUUUCGUUUAAUUAAUCGAAGUAUUGAAAAUGAUUAUACUACAAGGUUAAUGCUUUCACACACAAUUAAAUAUUAUUCAAUGGAUGUAAUUCACUUUAGAAAUUCAGAUAUUUUAGAAAAAUUAUUGGAAAGAAGGGAUUAAAAAUGAAUAUGACUUCUAAGAAUAAAUACUGUAUAACCUCUAUCAUUUUCCCUUCCUCGAUUAAUUGUCCCUAUAUCGAAAGUUUACCCAUAGUAAUUAUUCAAUGAAAUAUUUACAUACACCUAUUUUUCUCAUGUAAUUUGUAAAAUAUUUUUCCUAUUUCUAUCUUUUCUAAAAUUUCUGUUUUCUUUUGGUUUCUUAAUUAAGGUUGGUUGAUCCAAAAAAGACCGGAUAUCCAAAAUCUUCGGUUCGGAUUUCCAAGUAUCUGUCAACGCUUUUUCUUU